CUUCGGCUCUGCUCGGCUCAGCUCGGCUCCUCUCGGCUCCUCUCGGCUCCUCGGCUCUGCUUGGUGUUUGUUAGCUGUCAGUCGGAGAGCAGAGAGGCGUCUCACCGCGGGACUGAAGGGACAGAUCGGAACCUCCAGGAACCAGAACCAGAACCAGAACCAGGACCAGGUCUGGUGUGAAGACCCAGACCAGAACCAGACCAGAACCAGACCAGAACCAUGGUGACCAAGAAGAUACGGACGGAGUACAUGAAGAAGUUCAGGGAUCCCAAAUGGGAGACGUUUUCCAAAUGUUACGAGGACUCUCUGAAGUACCGUCUGACCCGGCGGGUGAUGGAGCAUUCUCACAAGCCCUGGUUCUGGGAGGGCUGGGACAACGGCUCCGACUCCAGCGGCUGGUCCACGCCGAGGCUGAACAGGAACAAAAUCGCCCCUCUGUCCCUCCCGCCACCGCCGCCGCCGUCCUCUGAGGUGAAGCAGCUGUUGUCCAGUCCCGGACCAAAACCUCCUUCUGAGGACGGACAGACUGGAGACGUGGUUGUAGACGCUGCACCGACUGCAGUUACAGAAAACGGUGUGAACGAAGCCAGCGGCGGUUCGGUGACGGCAGCUCUAAACAAUGGCGGACCCUCAGAGGACACGGCGACAGACGACGGUCCUGCUGACACGACGUCUUCUGACGGGGAGCCCGUAAACCCGGUACCGAAACGACGUCACCGCCGCCGCACCCCUCGGUCUGAGCCGGGACAAGCGGACGGUUACCACGGCGACAAACCGGCCGCGGCACGCAAACCGCCGAGAGCGAAGAGCCAACCUCCGGUCAGCACCAAGGAGAAGGAGAACCGGAGACCGUCCAGCCGACUGGACUGGACCGAGAGACGGACGGAGGUCCGGAGGACACCAAAUGACAGCAACACGUCCGAUGCCUGCGUUCAGACCCGGCGGGAGUCCGACAAGCGGAGCUCCAACCCGGACCGCCGGCGGGCUCGGUCGGCCGACCUGGAGAAGACGAGGCGGUCGCAGCUGACGGUGGUGGACGACCGCUGGAUGACGGAGUACAUGCGCUGCUUCUCCGCCCGGCUGAGGUAGAGACGGGACGACGUGUUUCCUUUACUUCCUCACUGAGGAGCAGAUAUCAUACGGCGGAACAACGGAGAACCAUGUCGUCUGGUUCCAGUCCGUCAGCGUCCUGUAAAGAGUGGAUCGCUGCUGUCGAGGGAAAAAAAAACACCCCAAAACUUUAUGUGGUCAUUUAGCUAAAGACUGUUAUUUAAUUUAACCUAACAUCCAUGAUAGUAGAACGUUCGGAUCAGAGUGGAGUAAUGAAGUGAAUCCACAUUAAUAUGAAGCUCACAAACAAAGUCUUUAUAUCAUAAAUAAGGCCGUCAAUGGAUAUAUUUAACCCUCUGAGACCCGACGUGACUGUCUGUCAGAGGCUCUAGUAGUUUUAAAGGUCCCAUAUCAGCUCAUCUUCAGGUUCAUACUUGUAUUUUGUGUUUCUACUAGAACAUGUUUACA